AUGUCCCAUCACGGAGCUUGCAUUGUCCAUUUGAUGCGGAAUGUUGUGUCGCGAUACGAGAACAAAGGCUUAGCAAAGAUAGUUUGUGAGGCUACAUUCUCUUACUGCCGCAAAGAUUUCGUUCUCUGUUUUGGGAAGAUCAGGCAAGCCAAUGCAGCCUACGCCACUUACCUUGAAGGCAUUGGUACGUCCAAAUGGUCUAGGACUUACUUCCCCGACAAUCGUUACAACCUUCUCACCAGCAACAUUGCUGAGCAGCUCAACCAUGCUCUUACCAAGUCUAGGCCUUCACCUAUCAUCGAGUUGUUCAUGUUUAUUCAGCGAAUGUUAACUCAUUGGUUCUCUGCGAGAAGAACAAAAUCAGCUAAAUGCCACGGUUUUGUCACACCGGAGGUCGAGAAGGUGAUGCAGACACAUAUUAGGCUCACAAAAGGCAGCAAAAUUGCAAACAUCACCGAUUGGAGCUAUCAAGUUAGGGGGCUGUUCGGUCAAGCAAACACUGUCUCUCAUGAAACAAAAGUCUGUACUUGCCAAGUGUUCCAGAAACUCAAAAUCCCUUGCGGCCAUGCUCUGUUAGCUGCGGACUACAUUGGACUCUCCUAUGCCCAACUGUUUGGAGAUUGCUACAAGACACAGUCAUGGAUCGACACCUAUGCAGGAGUCAUAUACCCUGAGGCCCCCUUGGGAGAUCACCCAGUAGCUGAUUCGAUCACAAUGCUCCCCCCCAGACUCGCCGACCAUCUGGACGCCCCAAAGAUAAGCGCGUUGCAUCAACAGGAGAGAUCCCGGUAA